CAGCACAAACCAAAGCCGCGCAUGCGUGUUAUGAUUUUAGGGCGGUAACAAGGAAGUGCAGUCACAAAUCGAAGGCAACGUUUCUGAGUGCUGCUGCGCACUUGUUUAGACUCAAGCUUCGUGAUGGCCGUGGACUGGAUUGGUUUCGGCUAUGCUGCAGCCAUCGCCCUUGGAGGAUUUAUGGGAUACAAGAGAAAAGGAAGUGUGAUGUCCCUGAUGGCUGGUUUGGUUUUCGGGGGGUUAUCCGCUUACGGGGCAUACAACAUCUCCAAUGACUCAAAGGACAUUAAGAUCUCGUUGUUGACCUCUGGACUCCUUUCACUUGUAAUGGGAAUGAGAUACAAAAAGUCUGGGAAAUUAAUGCCUGCUGGCCUGAUGUCAGGGCUAAGUUUAUUGAUGGUGUUUCGGCUGUUGCUGCUCAUCAUGGUGUGACUGGAGGAGUAGCACUGACCGCAGGGAGAGCUUUCUGUUCCUUAAUGCGCAACCCUUGUUUUAAAGGAGACCACAUUCCCAGUUUGCAUAACAGGGCUUCUGUUUUGUGUGGUAACUUAACUUUCAUGUGACCCAAAGCUGACAAAAGCUCAACAGAUUUAACUACUAAUCCAGUUAUGGUGAUUCUGUUUAGGUGAAUCAAGCUGGGGUUUUUUUUGUGUGUGUGUGAGCAUUUGAAUGAACACUGAUCCCAUGAUUUGAGAUGAGUUAUUAUUACCACAGGUUUACUUACUCACUACAUGAGUUUGUGGGUGCUUUUGUUUGCCUUGGCAGGGGUUUACAGUGUACACUACAACAUCAGUUUUGCAGGCUGCUACACUGUCAACGUGAUUAAGCUGAAAUGUUCAAAUUACUCAAAAAAGGAACAAGUUUGACAACUAAGAUUUGUAUUCUUGACAGGUCACAUGUUAAAGAUUGAAGAUACUAUGUCAUUUUUGUAAUAUUAACAAAACGGAAUAAAUGGAUGUGAUUCUUAAAAUAA